GGACUAACUUGACGCCCCUGCUUGUUUGUUUCCUGCAACAAGAUGGCUGCCGUUCCAGAGAGCAGAGUUCUUACUUUCAGCCUUUUUAAAUGGAGCUCUUACUCCUCCACAUAUUUACCCGAGAACAUUUUGGUGGACAAACCGAAUGAUCAGUCCUCCAGGUGGUCUUCUGAGAGCAACUACCCUCCACAGUUUUUAGUCUUGAAACUGGAAAGGCCGGCGAUUGUUCAGAGCAUCACCUUUGGGAAAUAUGAGAAAACGCACGUCUGCAACCUGAAGAAAUUCAAAGUGUUUGGUGGGAUGAGUGAAGAAAACAUGACGGAGCUUUUGUCCAGUGGCCUUAAAAACGACUACAACAAGGAAACUUUCACCUUAAAGCACAAGAUUGACGAGCAAAUGUUUCCCUGCAGAUUUGUCAAAAUAGUGCCUCUGAUGUCAUGGGGGCCCAGUUUCAACUUCAGCAUUUGGUACAUUGAGCUACAUGGCAUUGAGGAUCCAGACGUGGUGCAGCCCUGCCUUAACUGGUACAGCAAGUACAGAGAACAGGAAGCCAUCCGCCUCUGCCUCAAACACUUCCGUCAGCAUAACUACACCGAGGCCUUUGAGUCGCUGCAGAAGAAGACCCGGAUCGCACUGGAACACCCGAUGCUGACCCACCUGCACGAGCGACUGGUGCUGCAAGGAGACUUUGACGCUUGCGAAGACCUCAUAGACAAAGCCGUAAGAGACGGUUUGUUUAACCAGUACAUCAGCCAGCAGGAGUACAAGCCCAGGUGGAGUCAGAUCAUCCCCAAAUGCAACAAAGGUACAAGCGCCCAAGAAAGCAACAGGGACGACGUGAACAGUGAUGCUGACGACAACAGGCCAGGGAUGAGGGGAGGACAUCAGAUGGUUAUUGACGUCCAGACUGAGACGGUCUACCUCUUUGGGGGCUGGGACGGCACACAGGACCUGGCUGACUUCUGGGCUUACAGUGUGCAGGAAAACCAGUGGGUGUGCAUCUCCAGGGACACUGAGAAAGAGAGCGGUCCCAGCGCCCGCUCCUGCCACAAGAUGUGUAUCGACUCCCAGCGACGUCAGAUCUACACACUAGGCCGCUACCUGGACUCCAGCGUGAGGAACAGCAAGUCCCUGAAGAGUGACUUUUACCGCUACGACAUCCACGUCAACACCUGGACACUCCUGAGCGAGGACACGUCGGCGGACGGAGGGCCCAAGCUCGUGUUCGACCACCAGAUGUGUAUGGACUCUGAAAAGCACAUGAUCUACACCUUCGGCGGGCGCAUACUGACGUGCAACGGAAGCGUGGAGGACAGCCGCACGUCCGAGCCCCAGUUCAGCGGCCUCUACGCCUACCACUGCCAAGCCGGCACCUGGAGCCUCCUGCGGGAAGACUCCUGCAACGCCGGCCCAGAGGACAUCCAGUCCCGUAUUGGACACUGCAUGCUCUUCCACACUAGAAACCGCUGUCUUUAUGUGUUUGGCGGUCAGAGGUCAAAGACCUACCUCAAUGAUUUCUUCAGCUACGACGUGGACGGGGACCAUGUGGAGAUCAUAUCUGAUGGCACUAAGAAGGACUCGGGCAUGGUGCCAAUGACCGGCUUCACCCAGAGAGCCACCAUCGACCCCGAGCUCAACGAGAUCCACGUCCUGUCAGGCCUCAGUAAGGACAAAGAUAAACGCGAGGAGAACGUCCGCAACUCCUUUUGGAUUUACGACAUCGCCCGUAACAACUGGUCUUGCGUGUACAAGAACGACCAAGUGGUGAAAGAAAACCCCAGCAAGGUCCUGCAGGAGGAGGAGCCGUGUCCACGCUUUGCACACCAGCUGGUCUACGACGAGAUGCACAAGGUGCAUUACUUGUUUGGUGGCAACCCAGGGAAAUCUUGUUCUCCAAAGAUGCGCCUGGAUGACUUCUGGUCGCUCAAAUUGUGCCGACCCUCCAAGGAGUACCUCCUCCGCCACUGCAGAUACCUCAUCAGGAAGUACAGGUUCCAAGAGAAAGCCCAAUCUGAGCCACUGAGCGCGCUCAAAUACUUGCAAGAUGACCUCUCGCUCACUGUGGACCACACAGACCCCCAGGAGACUAAAGAGUUUCAGCUCCUGCCCUCGGCUCUCUUCAAGUCCAGCAACGAUUUCAUCCCCCUUGGGUUCUCCGACAUGGACCAGACUUACGCCCAGCGCACGCAGCUCUUUGACACCCUGGUCAACUUCUUCCCUGACAGCAUGACGCCGCCCAAGGGCAACCUGGUGGACCUCAUCACCCUCUAGCCCCUCCCUCACAAGACAGACUCCUCCUCCACCUUACCGUAUACACACACACACACACACACACACACACACACACACACACACACACAGGGGGCACAGAGAGAGCGAAGGACAGCAGGUAUUUCUCUGGCCAACAACAACUGUUAGUGUUCAAGACCCCCACCCUCUCCUAGCAGUAGAUGACAUACAUCCAUGUAGAAAUGUGUCUUGUAGAUGGAAGCAGAAGCUGUGCUAGCUAGCAGGCUACUGUCUGUAGCUUCUACCAUGUGUCUUCUCCUCCUACUGUCUGUGGGUUCUACCAUGUGUGUUCUCCUCCUACUGUCUGUAGCUUCUACCAUGUGUCUUCUCCUCCUACUGUCUGUGGGUUCUACCAUGUGUGUUCUCCUCCUACUGUCUGUGGGUUCUAC